UGUGUUGCCCCUGCCGGGGUUCCUCCCACCCACAGCUUACGUGUAUGGGAGGCCUCUGGUGCACGGGAGGCUUCCAGUGCACAAGAGGUCCCAGGCGCACGGGAAGACUGAUGCGUGCGGGAGGCCUGAGGUUUUUAGAAUGGACGGCUUUGGUGACAGCUUUGUGCCAGCUCCCACGGAGGGCACCCCAGAGGUGGAUCCAGCAGCUGAAUUUCUGGCACGAGAGCAGGACCAGCUAGCAGGGUUGGAUGACGACAUUAUUGCCCCAGCAGCAGCUCCUCAGGCGCAGGAGACUGCCGCCACCCAGCCAGCAGGCGAUGAUGCUGACUUGUUUGGGGCUGCCCCCAUGAAUGGGGGUCCCGACCUCGGCAGCUUUGAGAUGCUGGGUGGAGAUGAGGUACCCCAAGCAGGAGCAGCAGCUGAUGCCCCAUCAGCUGAAGCAGUUGCAGCUGAGGAAGCAUUUGCUGAGCCAGCUCCUGCUGUAGCAGCUCCUGCUGAAGCAGCUCCUGAACAUGAAGGGAAUUAUUCAGGCUUUGGGGCAGACUUUGGGGGAGCUUCUGUGCCUACUGAUGAUGCUGCUGCCUCUGUCGGGGAUCUCUCUUUUGUGGGUGAUGCUUCAGCAGCAGAACCUGUACCUGCACCUCCCAUGGCAUACUCACCAGUCCCAACCAUACCUAAGGAAGAGCCUGAAAAAAUUAAGAUCUGGCGUGAACAACAAGAAGUCCGUUUAAAAGAAAAAGAUGUGGCUGAGGAGCUGAACAAGGAGGAACUGAAAGAGAAGGCCCGUAAGGAGCUAGAAGACUGGUACAAGCAACAUGAGGAGCAAGUUGCAAAGACCCGUCAAGCAAACAGGGAGGCGUGCAAGUCUGCUGAGAAGGAACUGGUGGCUGACAUCGGCAAGAUGGAGCCAGGCACAGAGUGGGAAAGGAUUGCUAAGCUCUGCAAUUUCAAUCCCAAGACUGCAAAGUCAUCCAGGGACAUUUCUCGAAUGCGAUCCAUCAUCCUGCAGGUUAAACAGAAUCCACCACUAAAAGCUUAAUGAAAAGUGAUGUUUUGUCUCCCACUGGCUUGUAAUAUGAAUCUGCUUAUCUAAACAUCAUCGGGCUUGAUAUGUUACAAACUCUGCAGUGUGUUUCAUGUCUUUUGUAUAGGAAUAUGACUCAUUGUUGAACCACUGCUAUUGAAAACCAGCCAGAAAUUAGUUACAUAACUGGUGUGAAAUUUGUGUUCAUGACAGCUUUAAGAGUAUUUGAUUCAUGUGAAUUAGCAUGUUGGGUAUUGAGAGACUGUAACAUACAUAUAUAGAUGUAGAAAUUUUUUUUAAAGUUUUUGGUAUGUUGCAUCUAUAUUUAUACAUUAUGUUAUUCAUUUGUAUGUUAUGUAAUCAAACAAUCUUCUGUUCUUUUCAUGUCAAUCACAAAUGUGUACCAGAGACAUAGGUAUUAUAAUAUAGUGGAAUGCAAGUAAUGCAUGUAUAGACAAAGUCUGCAGUGUAUAUAGGUAUGUAAUCUCAAUGUGAAUUUUUUUGGAGGCAGUACCAACAAGAAAUGGUGGUGUGAUUACAUCAACAGAACAUGACUGCAGUAAAUAUUGUAAGAUAAUCGGUGUCAGUAAUACUGCUUGAAAUUAUGCUUUAGAUGUUCAUUUACUUUUCAAAUUAAACCCUUGUAUCUGAGGAUUUCAUAUUUAAACUUCAAAAUUAUUUCACUGAUGUUGGACUCAGGUACCAUAAAUUUUACUACCCUCGUUUUGGUUCUUGGUGCUAUCCUUGCUCUGGAAGCAGAUGAAUUGGUCAAAACAUUACUAAACCAACAUGCUUAGUUUUUAAAGACAAACAAUUACCUGAUUACUGAAUAAAGGAUAUUGAAUACAGGUGGUGUAAGACAUUUGUUGUGACUUUUUACUGCAGAACUGUAUAAAUUAGAAGUGACAGGUAGCAAAAUGAUUUAUUGUUACACAUUCCAAAUAUUUAAUAUAUACCUAUUUGCCAAUGCGUAAUUAACUAAUAGCUGUGUGAAUAAAGAAAUAUAUACUGUAACUAUCUA